GCUGUACCUGUCCAUAAUGUGUUUUGAUGUUUUGCUAAGAUCUAAAGAUGUUUUUGACAUUUUGCAAAUAUAUAAAGUUUUGGAUGCAUUGAUUGGAUUUUAUCCAUUUUUGAUGCUUUGAAGCCAUCUAGUGUUUUGAUGAUUUGAUAACAUCCAGGCAGUUUCAGCUAUUUUAUAACUUGAUAAAAUCCAGCUUUUUGGAUGCUUUGAAAAGAUAGGCUUUUUGACGUUUUGAUAGGGCUGACACCCUCGGAAUAGUUUUGAUGCUUUGAAGGCGCCCCGUUUCAUAAAGUAGAUAAUGAGAUACUGGCACGGUACUAAAACAAAUCUUUACCAUAGUUAUCUAAUAGGCGCACCUAACAUCACCAAAAUGCGGGGUACAAACUUGGUGCAGGGACUGUUUUUGGGGGCCAUUGAAGGUAGGCCAUUGGGUAGGCGGUGGCUGAGUGGUAGCGUGCUGGGCCCACAUUCACCGCGUGAUGGACGACGUGGGUUCGAAUCCCCACGCUACCACCUCAGAUUUUUCAGUCACCGCCGAGUGGCUUAAAACUUCCCACAUCCAUCAACCCGGACUCUAGAGGAAACCGUCCAAGUGAAUCAAGAAGGAGUUCCGGGGGGCAGCAUGAGCCAAGAGAAGAUGGCGCCACUAUAAACACUUGCCUGCGCCAUGAUGGGCUGGGGCCGACUACCAUCCAGGCCCCUCAAGAGAGCCUACAGCACUAUAGGCGUACACGUAUAAAGAAAAAAAAACGGGCUAAAGAGCAGCCUAUCCAGAUAUUUUGUUUUUAUUAUUAAUGAUCCACAAGACAUCCUAGAGCUAAAUCAAAGUAUGUGCUUAUUUUUGUAUUCGUUCAUACACACAAUGGUAAUAUUUCUGUGGGGUCUGAUUCACUUAUUAGAGUGAAAUUCUAUUAUGAAAAUCAAUCACAAAUUCGUGUCACUGAUUAAAAUGAAACUAGUAAUUUAAGUUUUGCCAUCAUGAAAUAUACACAAAUAGAUAAAUAUGAAAGCUCACAAAGUCACAAUAAGCGACAUCACCUGCUUUGCGCAGUAAAAAUAUGCUAUUUCAGGUAUCUGAUACCCUCAAAAUGGGGUGCGCACUGCCUCUGGCCUCGGAGCUACAGCCUCAACGUUGCCAGAUUGUCAUACUCAGCCGAUUAUAUUUCCCGACUUCCUAUCCCCAAACUGUCUUCUGGGCUCCAAUAAGGAAACUAAUUUAAGUUAUUGUUAAAAGAGUUAGAUUCUGAUGUUUCUUGGCAAUAGUUAGGCGUCAGAAACAGGUAAAUACUAUACUCGAAGUACGACAAUCUAGCAAUGGUGGCUAUAUGUAUUUUCAUAUUAUUGUUCUGUUGUUUAUUCAAUGUUGUUUUCAAGAAAAGAAUACUCAUAAUUUUAGUUAGUUUUUGGUUAUAAGGAUUCCUUACGAAAUCCAAUAGGCGCACCUAACAUCACCAAAAUGUGGGGUACAAACUUGGUGGAGGAAUUGUUUUGGGGGGCCAUUAAAGGUAACUGGCUAAAGAGUGGCCUAUCCGGAUAUUUUGUGUUUAUUUAUUAAUGAUCCACGAGAUAUCCUAGAGUUAAAUUAAAGUAUGUGCUUAUCUUUGUAUUCAUUCAUACACACACUGACAAUAUUUCUGUGGGGUCUGAUUCACUUAUUAGAGUGAAAUUCUAUUGUGAAAAUCAGUCACAAAUUCAUGUCACUGGUAAAAAUGAAACUAGUAAUUUAAGUUUUGCCACCAUGAAAUAUACACAAAUAGAUAAAUAUGAAAGCUCACGAAGUCACAAGUGACAUGACCUGCUUUGUGCAGUAGAAAUAUGCUAUUAAAGGUAUCUGAUACCCGCAAAAUGGUGGGCGCUGCUGCCUCGGGCCUUGAGCCUAUAGACCAACGUUGCCAGAUUGUCGUACUCAGCCAAUUAUAUUUCCCGAUUUCCUACCCCAAAACUGUCUUCUGGGCUCUAAUAAGGAAACUAAUUCAUCAUUUUCAUUAAAAGAGUUUGAUUCUGAUGUUUCUUGUCAAUAGUUAGGCGUCAGAAACUGGUAAAUACAAUGCUCUGAGUACGACAGUCUGGCAACGGUGGCUAUUCGUAUUUUCAUAUUAUUGUUCUGUUGUUUAUUCAAUGUUGUGUUCAAGAAAAAGAAUACUCAUAAUUUUAGUUAGUUUUUGGUUAUAAGGGUUCUUUACGAAAUACAAUUAUAACGCUACCUUCUCUAACUUAGGAAACGUCCUGAAUCCUGGAUUGGUUACAGUGAUGUUAGGUGCGCCUAUUAUAACGCUACCUUCUUUACCUUAGGAAACGUCCUGAAUCAUGGAUUGGCUACGGUGAUGUUAGGUGCACCUAUUAUAACAUUACCUUCUCUACCUUAGGAAACGUCCUGAAUCCUGGAUCAGAUAUGGUGAUGUUAGGUGCGCCUAUUGCCAUAAAAAGAUGCCAUUUGCACCAUAUUUCUGAAAUAUGACCAUUUUUAGACCACAAACGGUUAACAUUAGCCAAAUGUUGUUGGAAUGUAAGUUGUUUGUCUUGUCUAUUGUAGUCAUUUGCGACCAUCCUGCCAUCUCUACCGUGAUGUUCAGAUUAGGACCAAAGUCAGGGUCUUAAUAAAUACUAUGGGCCUACAACUUUGACAUGACCUCAUAACUUCGUCCACCACUGCAGGCCUGGCAGACUUAAGUUUUCAUGCAUGGGCAGACACAAGGACCAUUGCUAUAUGGGUUUGAAUUUGUUAGCUUUCCAGCUAGGCUGACCCCUUCUGGCUCCCGGUCUAAUAAGUAACUUAUGUAUGUUGCAAAACCCUAGGAAGAUUAAUUGCAAAUCAACUUUAUGACUUCUUGAUAAUAUUUACUUACAAUGUCUCGCCAUUUUGGUUUUCGCUAAAAUCAAUCUGUUGAGGAGCAGCUUUUCACUUAUAACGAUGUAACUCUUUGGCUUGAUAAAGGAUUUAUUUCAGAUGUAAUAUUAUUUGAUUUUGAUAAAACUUUUGAUGUAGUAAACCACCAGUUAUUAAUCACUAAAUUAUUCUUGAUUGGCAUCAGUCAACCUCUCCUUGGAUGGCUUUGUGACUCCUUAAUAGGCUACACCAUGAAGGUUUCUGUAUCGGAAUCCAGUAGUUUACAAACUAUUGUCUUGAGUGGAGUGCCACAGCGCUCUGUCCUUGGCCCUCUGCUUUUUCUCAUGUGUUAAUUUAGUCCUAAACAAUGUAGUAUGGUACUAUCUAAAUUUAUGAUAUUUGCUGACGAUCUUAAAAUCUAUCUAAACAUUUGUAAAUCCCCCCUCUCCUCUACUCUGCUGGAUCUAAACACUACUCAGCAGGAUAUCAACACUGGUUUCCAUGGCACAGUCUUGGGGCCUUUCACUUAAUAGCUCUAAAUCUUCUGUAAUUCGCUUUCAUUGGGGUAGGUACAGGAGAUUGGAAUCUGCUUGGUCCCUUUUCUGAUUAUUAUAUUAAUAAUUACAAAAUAAAAUUUGUAAACUCUCAUUCUGAUCUAGUAGGGAUUAUUAUUGAUUCAUCCUUUCGUUUUCAUACCCACAUCCGCUCCAUUGUAUGCAAAGCUAAUGGCCCAGCCUCUAAUCUACUUGGCAGCACAAUCAACUGAUCUUCCUCCUUCAUGAUUCCAUUAUACAAGACUCACAUUAGACCCCUUCUUGAGCUCUCCUCAGUAUGGUUCACCCAGUACCUUGGAGAUCUUAAAUUGCUGGAGCCCCCCCCAGAGAAAAUGGACCAAACAGAUUUCAGUGUUGGGCGUAGUGGCACUACUAGUAAUGCCGUAUGUAGCGAAGCUACUUUUUUAGUAGCUGUAGUGGUAGUGCUACUCUCUUAGAAAGAGCGGCAAAAAUGGUAGCGGCGCUACAUUUUUAGGUAGGGCUAGUCACUACUCGCUACUUGGGGUGGACCAACUACGUACGUGAUGAAAACGCGAAUGAAACGUCACCUAACACUCGUUCAGUAGUGAAUCUGCGACUGGAGGUGUGACUGGCUGUCAUGGAUAUCCCUGAUCACGGCUCACGAAGCCUUGGAAACUGGUAAAAACUGGAUGGAGUGGAACAACCGUCAACAAAUUGUGCACAAAUGGGAGCCAUUUGGCUUGCAACAGAUGCAGCCAAUACAGCAGCAGCAGCAACUGCAGCAACAGCACCAGUUACCAACACAACACCAACAACAGCACCCACAACCCCAACCCCAACAGCAGCAAAUACAGCAGCAGCAGCAACUUCAACCACCAACUUUACAGAUGCCCCAUAUGGGGGCCCCUAAAGCAGCUAGAACUGGUGGCUCUACUACCCCCCACUGCCUCAUUUGUAAUGUGCACCUCGGCAUGUUUGCCAAGGGUGGCAUGGAGGUUUUCUCAGAAAAGGUAACCACUACCAGUGGAAAGAUGCAGGUUCACAGUGUGCUUGGCUCAAUCAUCAAUGUAGAGUUAAAUGCAGCUGCAGUGCACUCCAACAUUGUGUGUAAGAAAUGCUUCAAGCUGCUCGAUGACAUUGAUUCCCUGGAGAUGCAACUUGUAAGCAUGAAACAGCUUGUGUCCAGUAAAUACACCAUGACCCUGGCACUGGUGAAGAAAGGCCUGGUAGGCAAGGCAGUACUUGAAGAGGGACCUAAACAGCAACAGCAGCAGCAACAGCAGCAUGAUCAUCAGCAGCAACAGGAGACUCCUUCCUCACCACCCAAGUUCAAAAAGUCACCACCUAAACCCCUCACCACAGCAGGAAAGGGCAUCAAAUUAAAAAGUACAACAAGGAGAGGUCGCCCUCCCAAAAUGCUACGAGUGAGGAAGACGGGGAAGCUGGCAGUCAAGUCCGGCAAGCUAGUGGUGAAGGGUGUGGAUGAAUGUCUGACACCUGAGAUACAGCUAAAGGAGGAGAGUGUGUCGUCUGAUGAUGAGUGUUACCAUGUGGAGCUGGACAUUGCUGCCGACGACAUGGAGGAUGAUAAUGGGCCUCAUACUUGCUCUCUUUGCUACAAGGAGUUUUCCUCAAGGACAGUUUUAGCAACACAUAUUGAAACACACGGCAACAAUGUUAAUUCCCACAAGUGUGAUAUUUGUGAAAAAAGUUUUCUUACUGCAGAAAGUCUUGUCAAACACAAAAAAUUGCACAAGGGAAAGAAAAAGAGUGUUAAACGAAGGACAGGAUGUCAGGCAUUUGACAUCACACACAUAAAGCAAUUCAAGUGCCGUCAGUGCAGCAAAGUGUUUACUACUAAAAGCAAAGCCGAGGACCAUGAGCGAACCCACACCGGGGAAAAGCCCUUUGAGUGUGACAUCUGUGGCACGUGUUUCAGGCAGAAGAGCAACCUUUCCUCCCAUAAGCGAGUGACCCAUCUGCAAGAAAAGCGGUACAAGUGUGAACUUUGUGACAAAGCCUUUAAGUGGAAAAGACUAUUGAAUGGCCAUACAAUGAGUGUCCACACAGGGGAGCGCCCAUAUAAAUGUGAAUUCUGUGAAGCAGGUUUUGUUUAUCAGCAGCAUUACAAAAAACACAUGAGGAUUCAUACUGGGGAGAAACCAUUCAAAUGUGAAGUGUGUGGGAAGGCAUUCAAUUCUUCAAACAAUUGUCGUGCACAUAUGUUUACUCACUCUGACAAAAAGCCAUAUGAGUGUACCCUUUGUGGGGCAGGAUUUAUGCGCAAGCCUCUAGUGCUGUCCCACAUUAGGCAGCAUGGACACAUGGACAACCUAGAGGUAUAUGUGAAAGCCAAUGCACCCACCACAGUACUUGCAGCAGCUGGGGAGGGAAGCAGCGGGGGUUCAAGGAGUCCCGUCCCUGGCACAGUCAUACGCAGGAGGAAGCUAAAUAGAGAAGCGUCACAUACUGGAGUGAUGCACGUGACUCAAGGGCCUCCACAGCCUCCGCAUAACAAUGUAGAGGAGAAUAUACAUCACUUCAUCAUCCCUGGCAAUGAUGCAAGGGAGACUACUGGCACUGGUGAGACCAUGGGCUACAUGUUUGGGACCUUUCAGAGCCAGAGCACAGUUGGUCAUUAUACACCACUAAACCUGGGGCAGUGGUAACCUAAAAUGUACCAGCAUUGACAAUCCUUAAACUAAAACAUUUAGCUGACAGUGAAGUGAAGUGUCAAAUGAAAAUAGAGCAGUGCACAUAUUAUAACAUGAAAAUUAUAUCAUAGGAUGGAAUUAGUUACAAUUUUCCAACCCUGGCAAGAGAUACUUGUAUGAAACCAAUUUACACGUGUUUAUUUCGAUAAAACAUUAAGGGAAAUAUAUAAAUAACAUAGCAUUAUAUAGAUAAGUAUUAAUGGUCACAUUUUCAUUGUACAGUGAGGCCAUGUGUCUAGCAAUAUUAACAGUGAAAAAAUAUCACUAGUUCUAAAAGCACUAGUUUGGGGACAAACUUUUGAUAGUAAAAAAUAAAAACAGACUGGAACCU